GAAUGGCUAGACCUCCAUUUUUUGUAACAAGCUUGUGCACUCGCCAAAAUGUUAGUUCCCCAAUCCGUAACCUAAGUAUUGCUGGAAGUAAUGGUGGGGUUGAAGGUGAAGUUGCUACACAAAGCGCAGAUCGAUCAAGUUCAGUAAAUCAUCAAAGUGAGCAACAGAGCUUUGCUGAGAGAGCUAAAGAUGUUUGCAAAGUCAUCCGGACACGACCCAGAUGGGAACAAAUAUUGUUAUCUGAUUUCCCCACUGUUAAUUUUACUGAUCCAAGAUUCUAUACUGAGGUUCUGAAGGCACAAAAAAAUGUUAUGUUGUCGCUUCGGUUUCAUUUUUGGCUUAGUUCUCAAAAUGGUUUUUCGAGGGAUCAGUUCUCUGAUGAAGUCAUAUUUAGUGGGCUUGUACAAGCCAAGGCAGGCAGUGCAGCCAAAUGUUUUCGGCAAAAUAUGAACUUUGUGCCUCAACCUAGUUGUUUGGAGGCCUACAUUCAGUGUCUUUGUGAAAAUGGAUUGAUUGAGGAUGCCCUCGACGUGUUUACUGAAUUGAGAGGUGUUGACCACUGCCCAUCAUUGAGAAUUUGGAAUUCAGCCCUUUCAGAUUCUGUCCGAGCUGGAAGAACUGACAUUGUCUGGAAAUUGUACGAGGAUAUGACAGAAUCUGGUGUUGUAGCAGAUGUAGAUACGAUUGGGCACUUGAUUCAAGCAUUUUGUGUGGAGAACAAUUUUCCAGAAGGUCAUCAACUUCUUCGACAGGUUUUGGAAGCUGGGCAUGCCCCUAGUAGUGUUGCUUUUAAUAAAUUGAUUUAUGAAUCAUGUAAGAACAGAGAUUACUUUAGACUGUCAUCUCUUCUCCAUUCAAUGAUUGCAACUAAUUGUUCUGUUGAUAUAUUCACUUAUCAGCACGUUAUUCAGGGACUAUGUGAAACAAGAAAGAUGCGUGAAGCUUUUAGGAUAUUUAAUGAUCUAAAGAAUAGAGGCUAUGCUCCGGAUAUGGUUAUGUAUACAACAAUGAUUAAUGGUCUCUGUAAAAUGAAAUCGGUUGGAGAUGCCCGGAAAUUAUGGUUUGAGAUGAUUCAAAAGGGAUUCAAUCCCAAUGAAUACACAUAUAACACACUCAUCCAUGGGUAUUUAACAACUAACCGUCUAAAUGAAGCUGAAAGUCUUUAUAAGGAAAUGUGUGAUAAAGGAUAUGGAGAGACCACAGUGACAUAUAAUACCAUGAUUCACGGGCUGUGUCUUUAUGGAAGAGUAGGAGAAGCUCACAACUUGUUCAAUAAAAUGGCUGAGAAUGGUGUUACCCAUGAUGUGGUCACAUACACUUCUCUUAUUCAGGGUUUCUGCAAGAAUGGGAAGAUAGCUGAAGGUCUUCAGUUUUUAUAUGAACUGUUAAAGCAGGGGCUGCAACCAUCACCUGCUUCUUAUACAGUGUUAAUUGAGAAACUUUGUGAGAUUGGCCAUGUUUCGGAGGCGAAAUCAUUGUGGAACGAUAUGCAAGAUAGAGGUGUCAAACCAGCAACAUCGACUUAUGAUUCUAUCAUACUUGGAUUAAUCAAGCAGGGAUAUGUAACAGAGGGGCUAGAUUGGUUGAGCAGUAUGAUGAAGAGUAGGCUCAGACCAAGGAGAAAAACUUUUGAGGAACUGAUUUAUCAUCUUUCUCAAGCAGAUAAGUUGGAUGAGUCUUUAUCCAUUUUAGUUUACAUGCUUAGGCUAGGUCAUGUUGUCAGAGAAAAAAUUUUCUGUUCUCUAGUAAAUAAACUUUGCAAAGAUAAUUCCCACCAUAUUGAGAUGCAAAUGAGAUAUAUUGUCUGAGCAAUUUAAGAUGGUUGAUGUCUUAUAAAGAUUGCAACACCUUUAUCUUGUCUAAGGCCAAAUCGGAAGAGAAGAUUUAUUUGCUUUAUACACCUUGAUCAUGCAACUUCACAUUUUUUGUUAUAACUUAAUGUUGUAUUUUGUUAGUCUUAUUGAUAUGUGAUAGAGAUCAAAUUUGUAGCAUGUUCUACUACACAUCCCACACUGUAUUUCUGUUACCGCUUACAGUAAAUUUGAUGAUGGAUGCACUCACAUUCAUGAAGUGCAGUCAUUCCUUAGAGAAUCUGUGGUUUCUGCUAGGAGAGAGACACCAAUCACUUCUUCUGAAUAACUUUUGUCAAAUGGACUGUUUUGGUGUGUGUUUCCAGUGUGGUCAGAAUUUGAAUUCUACUUUCUUGCAAUGUUCAACUUUCAUGGUCAGUGGUACUUCAUUAGAGGAAAUAUCUAUUUUAGAUCAAAAUGUAUGACUGAUUUUUGUGUUUACUUCACUUUGUUUGGUUUGUAUCCUAAUUUAGAACUAAACUUUCUUUCCUUAAAAGAAAGAGACAGAAAAGCCGAUGGGGACAAUUCUGGAGUGAUCUAAAAUCUAGUUAUUACUUUUUGCAUUAGGCUUCUAAAAUACAAUUUUAACACUCAAGUUAGGAAAAUUAUGUCGAAUCAAUUUAUUGAUAACCUAAAAGGGAAGUACAUUACUUUUUUUUGUUCAGUCAAAAACAUUGGUGGCCCAAUGCUUUUGAAGCUAAAAUCUUCCAUUGCUGCAUUGAUUAUGUACAUCAUGAUUAUGCCUACUGUAACAGACAGAGAAAGUUCAUUGUGCUUUCUACAUUUUACGCCAAAAUCUUAAAAGGGAAUUCAUCUUUUUUUAACCUUAAGAUGUUACCAGAUUUUCUUUCAAAAACUCUCUGGUUCCUUUCUUUCCACAAUCCAGCAUAUGCAGGAAGGAUUUGUGUCCCAGAUCUUCUUUCUCUCAUUGUUUAGGACCUUGUAUUACCAGCAUUGCAUUAAUUAUUUUGCU